CACGAUGAUACUCAGGCUGGUUUGUUGUAUCACAAUCAUCGCCAUUACUUCAAGCGACACGAUCGGGGCAGACCUGUCCACGCGAGAUCGCAUACGGAUUCACCGAGAAUGGCUCGAAAGGCGGGCCGCGAAGCGGUCGAAUGUCAGUGCUUCGAAUUCACCUCCCGACUCGUUGGUAGCAACGACUCAGCGGACAACCUACAUGCGAAAGUUAAUCAAAUUCAAGAACGAAAACGAACCGCUGUCAGAGAAUGACAUUUCGUUCGUUCCCCACUUCGGUAACGGAGCGGAAAUCGGUGGAGGCAGUAAUGGGCCGGUCGGUGUCAAUAAUGGUUCCGGCCCCGAAUCAGCACCGUCCAGUGGCAGCGAGCAACAGGAUCGGUACCAUCAUCAUCAUCAUAAUCAUCAUCAUCAUUCCAACCGGCAUAGUCAGCAGCGAACGAAUUUUCAGCAUCACGACGUUCACGCAUCAUCCCGUACAAACGAAAAAGAAAUUUUGACAGACGAUGCCGAACGUUACCGGUACGAUGUUGUUUCUGGCCAAGAUGGUAACCGACAGGAUGUGGAAUCCGCAGGUCGCACGGAAAAUUCCCCUCCCGAGACGCUUGUGAAUGAAAGCGAUCCGAAGCCUCUUGUGUACAUUAUGGAACCACAAGUAACGUCACCAGAGGUACUAGAGGACGUCCGAGCUCCUGUUCUUCCUGGACUGAGAGCCGGCGAGUUUCCGGCCACAACAGCAACUACCUCCCAGCUUGGGGAACUAACCGAGAAAAUUAAUGCCGCGGUUGGAUCAAACCACGACCAGCAGCAGCAGCAUCAGCAGUCGAACGAGAGCCAACAACACAAUGCUGCCGAUGCAAAUCCCUUAAAUAAUGAUUUGUCGGUCGGUAAGAACGUCGCACCAUUCGCACCUGCAAACGUACUGACCACCGACCGUAAAUCAGAUCCAAUGCCAACUCCAAUGACGUGGGACACUGCUGAAGAAGCACCUCCGAGCGGAAUGCCUACGCCAAACGGUGUGGUCCGUGCGAGUGGCGUACCACCAUCGGGUGGAGAAAGGAAAAGUGUUCUAAUAACAACCACCGAACAGGAUCCAAUGCACCAAGCUGGUGUUCAUGAGCCGAAUCUUGUACCAACGGCGGGUUCUGUAGCCGGUUCUGUGAAUGUCACAGUGCGGAAUCUUUUCGGUCCGUGGAGUAACUGGACGACUUGCUCGAGAACUUGUGGAGGAGGCGUAAAGACUCAGGUUCGAAGCUGCUGGAAACGAGAAUACAUCAACGGUAAGAAGAGCACCAAGCCUGCAACCGAAAGUUUUGAAUGCAUUGGAAUUAUUAAGCGUUACCAUCUGUGCAAUGAACAGGAAUGUCCUACGACAGAUGGUGAUUUCCGUGAACAACAGUGUGCCAGCUUCAACAGCCAAACGUUUCAAGAUAAACGCUACAUUUGGGAAGCAUUUGUUAAAGAGGAUGCCGAAUGCGAGUUAAACUGUAAACCAAUCGGGAUGCGCUAUUUUGCAACGCUCAACAAAACGGUCAUCGAUGGAACGCCUUGCUCGAAGCCCACCGAAUACUUCCGCCGCAAUAACAGUGGCCGUGGAAUAUGUGUCGAAGGAUUAUGCAAGGCCGUUCACAACAGUGGCGUUAUUUCGGGCACGUUCAUGAACAAUGGCGCCGUCCGGUGCGGAAUGACCGUUUGCCGUCCCAUUUCCGGUAUCUACACGAAGACCAACCCGAACAAUGGGUACGUCCACGUGGCCACCAUACCAGCCGGUGCAUCCAAUAUCACGAUAACGGAGCUACAGAACAGCCAGAACUAUCUCGCGCUGAAAACGGCUGAUCAACGGUUUUUCAUCAAUGGGGACUACACCAUCUCGCUCAGUGGACAUUACAUCGCCGCCGGGACUGUGUUCGAUUAUCGCCGAGUCGAUGGGCUGAACAACGGUUCCAAUAGCAGCUUCCGGCACGUGGAAGGCAUCACCGAAUGGGUGACUGCGAUUGGGCCCACCAACGAACCGGUGCAGGUGUUUCUGCUUUCACAGUCACCGAACCCGGGCAUCAAAUACGAAUAUUUUCUCCCCGUAAACGUCAACCCUACCGAACCUACAUCGCAGGAAGAAGUUCCCAGUGCCGAAGCGGGAAACGAAAUCUCAGAAAAAUCCAAUCUGCGAGUGCCAAAACAGCGUUUGGUAAGUUCGGUCAACAACACGAGCACCUCCAGCACGGGUCGGGUCGGUCAGCGUAAGCGUAAGUACCUGUGGAAGGUGAUCGGUUUCAGCGCGUGUAGCAAGUCCUGCGGCGGAGGCAUCCAGCAGCCCAUCAUCAAGUGUGUGCGCGAAUCUCCAACACGCGUAUUUUCGGUCAAACGUUGUGCCCAUCUGCAACAACCAGUGCUGAAUGAGAAUCUGUUGCGUUGUAACACACAACCGUGCCCUGCGUACUGGAAGCUGGGCGAAUGGGAUCAGUGUAAUUGUGAGGAAAAGUACGACGAGGAAGUGUUCCGUACGCGCGAAGUCAAGUGCGUUCAGGAGCUUCUGUCCGGCAUUGUGAUACAGGUCAACAAUGGUGCUUGUAUGGAGGAGCUGCCGCCCAGUACGGAGCGUUGUGAGUGCUCACGCGUUGUUAAACCUACACCGGCGAGAACAGAAAAGCCACGGUACAAACCUACGGAGAGUCAACAUCAGCAUGAACAUCGUGGCCAUCGAGGACAGCAUCAGCAGCAUCAGCACCACGAUCAUCACAAUGCUGCCAGUCACAGUCACACACAGAACGAUAUGGAAAAUGGUCCAAUAGUGAACGGAGGUCUUAUCGUACCGCACAGUCGCCAGCGACCCGACAUAAACCACAUCAACUAUCGGGCAGAGUCGAAGAAAACCGGAGUCUGGCUGACAGCAAACUGGAGCACCCGGUGCUCAACGACCUGUGGCAUCGGUAUGCAGACAAGAUCUAUCUUCUGCGAUCGCAGCUCGUCGAUCAACUCGGAACGAUGUGAUCUGCGCAUGAUGCCGGAAACUUCUCGCGAGUGUACCAGCAACCGAGCCUGCGAAUUUGGUGAAUGGUUUGCGGGUCCUUGGACUCUGUGCUCCGGAGAUUGCUUCAAUCUAACACGCUCCCGAACAGUGCUCUGUAUACGUAAUGACCAUUUCGCUCCGGAAAGCGAAUGUGACACCGAACUACGACCGAAAUCGAUCGAACCAUGCGACAGUGAAUCGUUCGAGGAAUGUAAACCUAGGUGGCACUUUUCCGAAUGGACCGAGUGUACCAAGCCCUGUGGCGGAGGCAAUCAGCGUCGUGUGGUGAAAUGCUUAGAGUUUAACUUGCGCGACAAAAUGCUCCAGGAAUCGGGCGGCUGUCGUUACGCCGAUCGUCCCUUGUCUUACCGGAUGUGCAAUGAGGAGGCUUGCCCAAUAUCGACCGCGUCAUCCGUAACACCUGCCACGACUAGGACGACAACCUUCGCUUCCUCCUACACAACGGCCGCGUCCUCCUCUUCAUCGGUCGAUCCAUACUACGAGGCACGAUCGGACAUGAUGCCGAACGAUGAGAACUGCCGAGAUGAUUUCCCCAACUGUACGAUAGUGUUAAAGGCUAAACUUUGUAACUAUGCGUACUACAGCCAAGCCUGUUGUCAGAUGUGUCGAACGCGACAGAACGAGCUGUACUAAGAGCUUUGGAGCCGAGU